AUGAUACCUCUUUUUGUGAAGAAACAGGAAGAGGGCGUUCAUGUAAGGCACCGCGUCCGUAACGCCUUCAGUUUGUGGUGGCUGGGCAUGAUUAACAAUUUCCACUACACACUGGUGCUUGCUGGCUCGAAUGACAUCGCAGUGGGCUACGGCAUGAAGAAGUACGUGGCACUAAUCACGUGGGCGAAUGUGUUCUUCGGGAUCAUCGCGGGCAUCAUCAAUGCUUUCGUGCUGCAGCUGCUAUCGUACAACAUCCGCGUGACAGCGACCUCCCUGAUGGCGAUUAUGGCCAUUCUAUUGGUGAGUUUCGCUUGGGACAUCGGUGGGCACAACAACAUUGCCGCCUUCACUACGAUGCUGAUUGGCGUGAUCUUCAUUGGAGUGUCAUGCAACUACGGCAGCAGUGUGUUCCUGGGCUACAUGGAGCGCAUGCCAUCGUGGCAGAUCAGCUCGUGGUCGUCUGGAACGGGAUUGUCUGGUGUUGCCGCCUCACUCAUAUUUCUUGGGUUGACCUCUGCUGGCAUGAGCAACACACAGAUCUUCUUGCUGAGCAUUGUUUUUGUCGUUAUCUAUUGGUUCAUGUACUUCUUUGGUCUCAAGAUGCCCUUUUGCAUGUUGGUGAGCCCCAGCAGUGCGACAGAGGAGAACGAGGUGCGCAACGAUCCGUUCAGGGCUGUGGAGGAGGCGGAGGGGAGCGACUACGUGUGCAAAGGCAUGGUGAACUGGAAGGGCGCACCGUGGACAAGCAUUGUCCCUGCGCGGUCCGAAGUGGAGCCGGAGUGCCUGAGGGAGAUGGAACGUAUGAAGCGAGCUACUACUGCGGGUGGAGGGUGCGAAACGGUGGUGGAGACUGGGGAGUGCGGCAGCGCGGAUCUGGGCAAGUGGGCGCGGUGGAAACGCGAUGUGUGGCCGCUGGUUAAGGAGAUGCACAAAUUUACGCUGUGGAAUAACAUGAAUCUCGCCGUGGUGUACGUCGCAGAGUAUGCGGUGCAAUUCAUGGUGCCCUUCAGCUUUCCUUGCGAUCAGGUGAAGACGGAUAAUAGCUUUUGGUUGAAGAAUUCGUUUGUCAUCACGCAGUUCUGCUAUCAAUUUGGUGUGCUGAUCUCCCGCAGCAGCCUCUUGUGCAUCCGCGUUCGCCGUAUAUGGAUCAUGUCAGUCGUCCAGGUAAUUAACGCGAUCGCCUGGUUUAUGCAGGCGAAGUUAAAAUAUGUCUCGGACCCGAAUGACGCGAGUCGGGAAGUGAAGCUUGCCUUUGUCCUCUUUGCGUGGAUGGUCUUUGUGGGCCUGAUGGGCGGCGCCUCGUAUGUGAACGUGUUCUACAACAUCCUUGAGGAGACGCGGGCGGCGCAGGAGUAUGAGGUGGAUGAGGCUAUGGACUUUAUAGCCUCGCGCCGGAAAAGUGACAGCUACACAAACGCGGAGAACGCUAACGAUAAGAAACGCGAGGUGGGCGUGGUGGAAGGAGAAUCGAAGGAGGCACGCGAAGCGACCCACUACAUUGAGACCGUAUGGAAGGAGAAGCGUGACCUGGCGAUGAACAUUGGGUCCGUCUACUCUUCGAUUGGGAUCGCUCUGGGUUCCCUGUUGGACCUGCUGUUCACGCUGGUGGUGCUGAAAGGGGAUGAGUGCACGUAG